UGUCGCCAUGGCCGCGCCGGCCCCGGGCCUGAUCUCGGUCUUUUCGAGCCCGCAGGAGCUGGGCGCGUCCCUGGCGCAGCUGGUGGCGCAGCGGGCAGCAUGCUGCCUGGCGGGAGCCCGUGCCCGCUUCGCGCUGGGCCUGUCGGGGGGCAGCCUCGUCUCCAUGCUAGCCCGCGAGCUGCCCGCCGCCGCCGCCCCCGCCGGGCCCGCCGGUCUCGCGCGCUGGACGCUGGGCUUCUGCGAUGAGCGCCUCGUGCCCUUCGAGCAUGCCGAGAGCACGUACGGGCUCUACCGGGCACACCUGCUGUCCAGACUGCCCAUCCCAGACAGCCAGGUGAUCACCAUUAACCCCGAGCUGCCCGUGGAGGAGGCGGCUGAGGACUACGCCAAGAAGCUGAGACAGGCCUUCCAAGGGGACUCCAUCCCGGUUUUCGACCUGCUGAUCCUAGGGGUGGGCCCGGAUGGCCACACCUGCUCACUCUUCCCAGACCACCCCCUCCUGCAGGAGCGAGAGAAGAUUGUGGCCCCCAUCAGCGACUCCCCAAAGCCACCACCACAGCGUGUGACCCUCACACUACCUGUGCUGAACGCAGCCAGAACCGUCAUCUUUGUGGCGACUGGAGAAGGCAAGGCAGCUGUUCUGAAGAAGAGGGGUGCUGAUCCCAGUAUUAAAUGGUUGCAGUUGCUAAAAAGGAAGUCACCCUGUCCCCACUUACUUUUUGCAGCUGGGAUAGCCAGGAAGCGCAUUUUGGAGGAGAAGGAGGAAAACCCGCUGCCUGCCGCCCUGGUCCAGCCCCACACCGGGAAGCUUUGCUGGUUCCUGGACGAGGCGGCCGCCCAACUCCUCACUGUGCCCUUCGAGAAGCAUUCCACUUUGUAGCUGGCCAGAGGGACGCUGCAUCUGGGACCGCAUGUAGCCCGAGUGGGCCGGGAACAUUCCGGGGCUGGGCCCCUGCUGGCCACCACAUUCUGGGCUUCAUUUUAGAAAAGCCUCAUGGUGUUGCUGGAAGCUAACAGAGUCUGGUCACCAGCCCUGCCUGGGGGGCUCUGGGGACCUGGAUAUUAAAAGGAGUAUGGCUAGAAGUG